AUGUCCAAAUUCAUUAUAGAAAACAAUCUCAGAAAAGUUAUACCAUAUUAUAUAAAUCUAGAGACACAUGUUAAAGGUAGAUGGGAAGGUAAAACGUUGAUAGAAGUUUUCAAAUCUGAUUUUGGUAUAAGUGAACAGGAUGUACUAGAGGAUAUUAAGAAUGAAAAAUUGUAUGUCAUUAGUAAUAUCAACAAACCUAAUGAAAAGGCUUGCUUAAAAGGUUUUGAUUUGUUAAUCAGUAGACCACUACAUGCCAAGGAUUUGGUUUGCCAUUCAAAACAUAGACACGAACCACCAAUUCCAUACCUUGGUAGAAUAAAGAGUGUUUAUGAGGAUGAUGAGUUGUUAGUUGUGGAUAAACCAUCUGGAGUUCCAACUCAUCCUACUGGGAACUAUUAUUUCAAUUCUGUUUCUGAAAUGGUCAAAGACCAGUUUGGUUUAGAGGCAAUUUGGACUUGUCAUAGAUUGGAUAAAGUAACUUCUGGAGUACUUAUAUUUGGGAAAACUAAAUCAGCUGGACUGAAAUUUCUGAGAUUGAUUAAAGAUCAUAAGGAUCAAACAGAAAAAACUUAUUUGGCACGCGUGGUGGGUGAAUUUCCUAAUGGUAAGCUUCAGUAUAAUUGUCCAAUAUUUGCUGUUAAUUUGAAUGGCUAUUUAGUUCCUGGAAAUUCCGAAGAGCUUCCCCUUGAUUCAACAACGAUAUUCCAGAAAGUAUCCUAUAAUGCAUCAUUGAAUCAGAGCCUUGUAAAAUGCAUACCAAUAACAGGAAAAUUUCAUCAAAUUCGAAUACACCUUAGAAAUUUGGGCUUUCCUAUUGUCAACGACUCAUUUUAUAGAGGAGAUAACGAAUUGACAAACCGAAGGUGUUCAAUCGAAGAAGAACUAUACAAGAAGUUAUUUCAGAAAUAUCCUGAAUUUAAAACUUUUGGGACUACAAGAAGAGAAGGAUUUAUAAAUAUUGACUUACUCGAUGAAAAACUACAAUACGGUUUAGACGAACUUAAGAGAGAUCAUUUGCAGUCAUUGAAUGAACAAAAACUAUCGUAUUGCGAAGAAUGUCACCGCCUGUUGUUUGAUGAUGAUUAUAGACUGAAUCCAAAUAUCUGGUUACAUGCGUUGAGUUUUAGCUAUGGUGAAUACCGUUUUGUAACAGAAUAUCCUGAAUGGGCAAAUAUAUAG